GCGAGCGGCUCGCGAUGCCGCACAGCUAUGAGUCCUCCGAGUUUCGCAAUACGGGACCUCCUCCCGGAGGCCUCGUCCCGCUCGCCCUCGCCCUCCGACACGGAGCUCGACGUCACCGGCACCGAGACCCCGCCGCCCGGCUCCUCCAGGACCGACGACAAGAAGAACGAGAAGCCGGCCUACAGCUACAACGCCCUCAUCAUGAUGGCGAUCCGCAGUAGCCCGGAGAAGCGCCUGACGCUGAACGGCAUAUACGAGUACAUCAUGAAGAAUUUUCCCUAUUACAAGGAAAACAAGCAGGGCUGGCAGAACUCGAUUCGCCACAACCUGAGUUUGAACAAAUGUUUCGUGAAAGUUCCGCGGCACUACGACGACCCGGGGAAGGGAAACUACUGGAUGCUGGACCCGUCCUCCGACGACGUGUUCAUCGGGGGCACGACGGGGAAGCUGCGCCGGCGGUCGACGGCCGCCUCGCGCUCGCGGCUGGCGGCGUUCAAGAGAGGUGCAUUUCUCCACCCGAUGCUGGGAAACCCGUACGCGUCGCUGGUGGGCCUGUACCCGCCACUGCUGUCGGUGUACGGCAGGUACGCUCUCCCCGGGCCGCUGCUGCGGCUACCCCCGCCGCCGCCCAGCCCGUACCACCAGCUGUACCGUCGGAUACAGGGCUUGACGCCGCCCGUCAGCCCGUCCGAGCGGGACCCCGAACCGCAUUUAGUAAAGCAUAGUUGAUCGCGUUGUUUUCUCCCUGUAUCCUCGUGAUAUUGACUAGAAGACGGCGCUCCGAUAUUUCGCUGCCCCCUACGGCUGCCCCCUAUAAGUGUCAGACUGUGAUAGCUCGAACUCGUGUGUAUAAUGUUUGUAAAAAUUGGUAACUCUAUUUAUUUAUUAAUGUAAUAUAAUAUAUUAUUAUAACUUAAGAAACUAGGUGUAAGUCA